UCGAAUACGAAUGAGCGUAAUAAAUAAACAUCUCGCGUAAGAAAAUUUCAGAAAAUACCCCGACGUUGUGGAUGUAUCCUCCGAGCUUAUCUUAUCUCACGGAUUGACACGGUGUCUCUAACUCUCCGUCUAGUUUCGUUCAGUUUUCUUCUGGGAUCAGCCCGAUGUGUACCGUGAAAUUGCACGCACGCUUUCAAAUCCCACCACGUUCGAAACGAUUAAUAUUUCCUAUGAUAUUACGAACGCGAUGUUUUAAUCUGUUCGCCUUCGCUUCGAAAAGGUGUAAUCGCGAUCUCCAUCGUUUCAUCGAGAUAACUUUCCCAUUGAGAAUACGUGACCGUUUCCAAGUUCUCAAUGCUUCGUCCAUUUUUCAAGAAAUCAGAGAAGAGAUUCGUUUCGAACAUUGAAACGUUCGACAUGUGUACAUAUCACGAACAAUGGAUGUCGGGAUGAUGGAAGAAGAGACGAGACGGACGGAAUAACUGUUAGAUUUGUUGCAAUGGGAAUUUUCCAUUUCCGCCCAUCCCGGAAGAAAAAAUAUGACAAUUAUGCGAAAAACGGCGAACAGGAUUGGGGAGAGGUGGUUAAUUUCCAUACCUUUCCGUACCGAGAGAUCCUUUACCCCCAACGGCAGGUAGUGGACAGCUCUAUUUUAUAAUAGGUAGUACUUUGACUUGCACGACAUGCAAGGGUCAUUCUUGUGCAUCAAGUGCUAGGAUUCACAUCGUGAAGAUUCACAUAGUGAUCUCGCUAGUGCCGUGCCAAUUUGUCGUGAUAUUCGAAUAUCGAAAAUCAAGUAAUAUCAAGAUACAUAUCAAACCUACGUAAUGGGGAAAAGGAAGAACGUUAAUCCAGAAGAGAAGACGUAUGAUACGGCAGAUAUCCCCGAAUGUCGGGAGCGAACCGACUUGGAGAAGGAAUAUCGCGAUUUUCCGGAGGAGAAGUUGUGGAGCCCGAGCGAAGAAGUCGAUACGUGGUUUUCGGAUUAUAAUGUAAUGGCGCGAUCUGUAUUGACUUUUGUACAAGAGAAACAGGGAAUUUCUAACGAGGAAGCGAUGGAAAACGCCUGUUCAGGUUAUGCGGAGCAAUACAUCACCGAUGUUCUACACGAUUCUGAUUAUCUGCCAGAAGUGGCACUGAAAAAAUUAUUGAAUAAAGAAUUGCCACAAAAAUUGGUAGAAAAAUGGAAUCAACAGGACAUCAAAACAUUUGAAAAGGGCUUUUUAACUUACUGGUCAAAUUUCGGGAUUAUCCAGCGGAAACUGCUUCCUCAUAAAAAUGUGGAGGACAUCGUGGAAUUUUAUUACGUGUGGAAACGGACCGAAGCCGGAAGAAAAUUGAAGCGUUCUUGUACCCGCCGUCCUAGACGCUUCACUAUGCGUCGUAUUUCCGCGGAGUUGUCAUCUAUAUCGAAGACGGAGAAUAUCCUGCAAAAUGCUGCGAAACUUCCUCCAAAGAGGAGAGGGAAGAAGAAUACUAAAGGGGUGAGGAAAACUAGACCGACUCAGAAGAAACACACGAGAGCAAAAAAAUGUUCAACCAAUAAACGUUUAACAACAAAACGAGCGAACAAAACUUAAACUUGUCGUGAUACAACGUUACGAUAUUCAAGACUCAGGGUUCAAGAUGUUGAUUAUCCCAUUUUCUUUUUGCUAUUUUACACGUAUAUCUAAAAAACAAAAUGAUAAUUGACUCUAUAUAUAUAUAUAUAUACAAACAUAUAUUAUAUAUGAAAGAAAAAAAAAAAAAAAAGAAAAAAAAAAGUGAUUUUACCAUAGUUAAUUUUUGAAGAUUUUGCGAGAUCACUUUUUCUGUUUCUAUAGAAUAGAGAAGAGGAAGGGGGAGAAUUAAACAUUCACUUCAAAAAUUUUUAUCAUCACCUCUGUUUUGGAACAUAGAAUCGAAGGACUUAUCACUAGUCAUUAGUUAAAAAAAAAAA